CCCUAGUGCUUAAACGCACCACCUACACCGCCACUGCGCUCUGCUCAGCUCCGCGCGUUCCCAAAACACGCAAAUAAACCGGCACCACAGCGUCCUGGCUUUCGUUCAGCCAUUCGCGGGGUUUCUAUCGAGCUAGCGGGUCUUUUCCAGGAAUAAAACUCGUCUCCCGGGAAGCAGAGCGACAUGUCGGAGUUGCUGGUAAGUCUGCUGGGAGAGCGGCUCGUGAACGCGGAGAAAGCCGAGCUGGACGUACACGCGCUCGGCAGCGGACUCGAGCUGGUCGGCCUGUACUUCGGCUGCAGCGUGAACGCGCCGUGUCGCCAGUUUAACUCCAGCCUGCGGGACUUCUACUGCCAGUUCAAAAGCUCCUCCGAGCACAGGGACAAACUGGAGAUCGUUUUCAUCUCAUCCGAUCAGGACCAGAAACACUGGCACGACUUCCUGCAGGAGAUGCAAUGGCCGGCGCUUCCUUUUAAAGAUAGACACAAAAAGAUGAAGCUAUGGAACAAGUACAAGGUGACCAGUAUUCCCUCAUUGGUGUUUGUGGAUGUAACUACAGGGAAAGUGGUGUGCCGGAACGGCUUGCUUGUUGUGAAAGACGACCCUAAAGGUCUGGAGUUCCCGUGGGGACCGAAGCCCUUUGCGGAGGUGGUGGCCGGACCCCUGCUCAGCAACGAUAGGCAGACGACGGACAGUACUGCCCUGGAGGGCUCAUAUGUGGGCGUGUACUUCUCAGCACACUGGUGCCCCCCAUGCCGUAGUCUUACCAGAGUGCUGGUGGAGUCCUAUCGGAAAGUGAAGGAGGCUGGACACAAGUUUGAGAUAGUAUUUGUCAGUGCUGACAGGUCAGAAGAUUCCUUCACACAGUAUUUCAGUGAGAUGCCGUGGCUUGCCAUGCCGUACACAGACGAGGCCAGGAGGUCACGCCUUAACAGACUGUAUGGCAUACAAGGAAUCCCCACUCUAAUUCUGCUGGACACGGAAGGUCACAUGAUCACGCGGCAGGGCAGAGUGGAAGUGCUUAACGACCCAGAAUGCCAUCUCUUUCCCUGGCAUCCACGACCUGUCCUAGAGCUCAGCGAGUCCAAUGCAGUGCAGCUACAUGAAGGUCCCUGUCUCGUGCUGUUUGUGGAUGCUGAGGAGGAGGGAGAACUGGAGCCAGCGAAGGAGCUUAUCCAGCCAAUUGCUGAGAAGAUUAUGGCCAAGUACAAAGCCAAAGACGAGGAGACCCCACUGCUCUUUUUUGUAGCUGGAGAGGAUGACAUGACCGACUCUCUGCGUGACUACACCAACCUGCCUGAAGCAGCACCACUGCUCACCAUCCUGGACAUGUCUGCCCGGGCUAAAUAUGUCAAAGACGUGGAGGAGAUCACGCCGGCCGUGGUGGAACAGUUCGUCACUGACUUUCUAGCUGAAAAGCUCAAACCAGAGCCUAUUUAAAGUUGGACAGGACAGCCCCAUCACCCUCUUUCUGUAAAAAGCCUCAAUAUGUACUGAGAUCCACCUUUUUUUUUUUUUUUUUUAAACAAAAACACCAACCCACAUACCUGGAGUUUUUCUUUCCCUUCUGUGGUGCCUUGCUUUUACAACCUGGAUGGUAAAAUGCAUCAGACUCAUUUCAUUCACAGGAUUUCAGACCUCAAAUGUCAUCUGCAGUGUUUUUGGAUUUUGGGGGGAAAUUCUUAUUGACAUUUAUUUUAUAAAUAUUAAUGGAAUUUAUUUGCAGAAAAUCGUUUCAGGUCCUUCAGUGCACAUGGCUUUGUAUAAUUGGUGCUAAUUACAUAUUCACAUGAACACAUUUGCAGCCGUUUUUUUCAUUCUUUUUUGUUGCAGUCGACUAUUAAUGAACCCGAAACGGACUUUUACUUUCUUUCUUAUUAGUAUUACACGCAUUUGUUUUCCUCUCAAGCACGUUGAAGUGGAUUUUCUGUGAAGGUCCAGUUUAUUAAAGCAGUUGGUAAAUUUGAAGACACAGAUUAGCAAGUUAGCUUACUGAAUGUAGGCAUAUCUAGUGUACAUCUUAACUGUGUUUCUGAAGAGCUCCGGCCAUUAAAACUCACUGUCAAGUU